UCUUUUUUUUUUUUGCUAGGUAAGAAGUCGUCCUGUAAUAAAUCUUUUCCAUCACUAGCAACAUGCUGGGGAAUUCUGUUACUAAUUAUGCUCCUUCGCAUCUACUUCUCCACAGUUUUAGAAAAACACAUCACAAACUUGACUGCAGAGACACAGAUGCUCAAAAAGAAAAAUGAGGAGCUGGAGACAGAGAAGAAAAACCUAACAGAAAAAAUACAACAGAUGACGACAUCAUGGAAUGAGCUCAAUGUUAGUCGAGCUCAGUGGAGCAUUGAUGCCUACUGUCCCAAAGAAAAUAACAACAGAAAAUGUAACCCUUGUCAGAGGGUAUGGGAUCAUGUUGAGUCCAGCUGCUAUGCAAUUAAUGAUGCUAACCGUGUUCAAUGGAAAACCUGGGAAGAAGCUCGAGAAAACUGCAGAGGAAAGAUUUCAGAUUUAGCUGUUGUUAUUAAUGAAGAAGAAAAGAAAACUGUCAGUGAAAAGAGUUGGACAUAUGAUGAUAACAAAGGAUACUGGAUUGGUCUGAGAGUUGAAGAUGGGAAAUGGAAGUGGCUGGAUGGAAGGAAUCUGACUAGUAGCUCCUGGAUCGACCAGCCUCCUUCUGAUGGUCACUGUGCAAUCUCUGUCAAAGACCAAGGAUUUAAAUCAGUGAGCUGUAAUGAGAAGAACCGAUGGAUCUGCAAAAAGAAAGCUUUGUCUGUUUGAAUACUGCAGUAAAACUUCAGAGGACUUUUGGAUAGUCUCAAUCUCAAAAAUAUAAUAUUAAUGAUGAUAUUAAUAACUGGUCAACAGAGGGCACUGCAUUACUUCAAAUCAAAGAGUUGUUGCCUGAAGUAUCUGCACUGAGAUUUUUUUUUUCAUGUUGCAAUGAUAGUUAUUGUUAAGUUAUGUUAUAUGAAUGACAAAUGUUUUAGUCAAGCCAAGAACAACACUGUUCGAACUGCUGUCACAUGUGGAAGGAGGACAUCUGGCCUCUACAUUUGGACUUUGUUAAUCAGUCACAGUGUCAACAUCAGCUACAGAGCAGCAGAGAAGAACAGGAAGUUCAUCUUAUAAUUCAAGUCUCGUGUUGUGUAUUUUGCAUAUUGUUAUCAUAUCAACUUCACUUUUUUAGUGCUGUUAGUAAAGUUUUGAUUUUAUUCAUUUACAUUGAUUGAAAUGAAAGUAUGGAUCCAUCCUGCUUUGUAUCACCAGCUCAGCCUGGUGGUGGUGCUGUAAGGGUUUGGGGGGCAUUUUCUUGGCACACUUUGGGUCAUUUAUGCCAAGUGAGCAUAAAUAAAA